GACAAUUGUUUUCCCAAACAAAUUCUCGCAUUUUUCAGUUUUUUUCUGCAUUUCUCGCCCACAAAUCGCCUCAAAGCAUGGCAGGCAACUUCUGGCAAAGCUCUCAUCAUCAACAAUGGAUCCUCGACAAACAAGAUCUCAUCCGAGAACGUCAAAACGACCUGCAAAUCCUCUCGGAAGAAGAAUACCAAAAAAUUUUCAUCUUCUUCGCGAACGUAAUUCAAGUCCUCGGCGAACAAUUGAAGCUCAAACAGCAAGUUAUCGCAACGGCAACCGUUUAUUUCAAGCGUUUCUACUCUCGCAACUCCCUCAAGAGCAUCGAUCCGCUCUUGCUGAGUCCGACUUGCAUCUUCCUCGCGAGCAAAGUUGAGGAAUUCGGAGUCAUUUCCAACUCGCGUCUCAUCUCGACGUGUCAAAAUGUGAUCAAGAACAAAUUCAGUUACGCAUAUUCGCAGGAAUUUCCGUAUCGCACGAACCACAUCCUCGAAUGCGAGUUUUAUUUGUUGGAAAACUUGGAUUGUUGUCUGAUUGUGUACCAACCGUAUCGCCCGCUGAUACAAAUGGUCAACGACAUUGGGCAGGGAGAGGAUCAGUUACUCGCUUAUACUUAUAGAAUUAUUAAUGAUUCGCUGAGGACGGAUGUUUCGUUGCUUUAUCCGCCGUAUCAGAUCGCUAUUGGAUGUCUCCAAAUCGCCUGUGUGAUAUUACAAAAAGACCUCAAAGGAUGGUUCGCCGAGCUGAAUGUCGAUAUGGACAAAGUACAAGAAAUCGCUCGAGCUAUCACGAAUUUGUAUGAAUUAUGGAAGACUUUCGACGAGAAAAAGGAAAUUCAGGAGCUGCUGAGUAAAAUGCCAAAGCCCAAACCUGCCCCUCAAAGGUGA